CAGACUUGGUUUAACACUAACAAAGGUUACAUACAGUGGUUUAGGUUCUAGCGUCUCAGCCUCAGUCCAUAAAACCUGGUGAAUUUGCCGGUAGUGGUGGAAUCGUCAGGUAGCACAAUUUGCAGACAGUCAAGUCAGAGUUUUGCAGUAGUGAGUCCAGCACCAAAAGUUUAUCAUUCAUAUCAUUCAGUGACCGAGAACAUAAGCGUUAUUACCAAAGUUUUCAAGCAUUUUGAAAAUCAGAAGAUCAGAAUUAUAAAAAUGGAGAAAUCAUGGAAAAUCUCAACCCAAAGUGUGGCACUUGGUGUGCUUAUUUUGACAAUUGGAGCCUCGUUUGUCUCCUCCGGAGAAAUCUCCACAAAAAGUCUGCGUGGAAUAUUUCAGGAAACGAAUCUCGAAGUUUCCCGUGACCCCGCGACCUAUGAAGGGCGUCAAGGAAUCCAAAGUUUCUUGAGUUGGAGGUUGAGUUCCUUUGUCAGCACGGUCACGUCUUCAGGGAAAGCGGGUGGCGCUGAGCACAACCAGUUUUUGCAGCAAAACUUUGAAACCAAGGUGUUUCACACACCAACGAUGGAGCGGAAUAUAACCGGAACCAACUACUAGGUCGUAUUUCAUGGGUCCAAAAAUGCUUCCGAAGAUGCGCCAUUGGUAAUUCUGGCCAACUACGACACGGAUGAGUCGGAGGUGAACCCG